AUGUCGCCAAACCCAUCCGACUUCUCAGUCGACCCAUCAGACAUCCCACAGCUUAAGCAUCUGCCGAAUUAUUGGCCGGCUACGGAGUCAGGGCAUGGAACGUCUGCUCCGCCGAUGUUUCAGGAACAUACUCCAGCACCUGAUCCAGUUCGGUCGCUCAGCGAGGAUCCUAACCUCGAUCCCUGGACUACCUCUAGGAGAGACGAGAUGAGUGAUCCAAACGAUGACAGGAAUGGCCAUUCUACCCCCAUCAACGUGGAUGAUGACGAUGAAAGUCUGUUUGGAGGUCCAAGUCUCGGCGACGACCAGGGCGGAAACGACGCGGUUGCUCAGGAUGCUGAGAGUGGGUUCCCAGCUGCUGUCAUGAUUGAGGACGACGAUGAUCUCAUGAUCGUGGAGCCUGAGGAUGUGCCAGCAUACGUGAGAGCGAAGUUCGAUGAGAAGAAGAAACCCAAAGCUAAUGAUGAGCUUUUUGUCUCUCCCGGUCCACCUGUCGCAAGCGCUGAGCCUAUCAAGGUCGAAGAGGACGACGACCUGCUGUUGCUGCACCAUGUCACCAAGAAUACAGGCAGAGCAUCAGAAGACAAUGACGAGGAGAACGACAAAGACAGCGACGAAGACUACGAAUCUGACGAAUACGCACAGCGGUCGGACGGUGAAAGCUCUGCAAAGCGCCGUCGUCGGAACAAAGGGAAAGGGAAGCAGAAGCAGCGUAGACGCGUGGGUGGCGGAGAAAAGACAUUGCAAGGUCAGCCGCUUCAAGAGCCAAGUGACGAGGAGCUCGCCCAGAUGUUCAUGGAGAAAGAACGACUGAGCAAGCUCUCAAAGUCGGAGAAACUCUCACUCAUGGACAGAAUGAAGCUUGCUGCGAUCACUGCUAAGAUUGCCGAUUUGGAGACACUCGCACAAAAUAUGGAUUCCAUCUCCGGUGCAGAUGACGCAAACCCCAGUGAUGAGGAGGCAGAUUCGGAUGCAGGUAUUGAGGCUGCUCUACGAGCCAUCGAAGUUCUUGGAGAGACAGAGAAUGCUGCAUCUAGCAACAACGGAGACCCGCAGGGUUCGGGCUUUGGACCCGGGGAGCAGCAAGCCGAAGGAAGCGGCAAGAAGAAAAGGAAGGCUUCGGCAAAGACUGCAAAGGAGUGGUGGGAGCAAUUCUAUGCCGAAAAGGAAGACAACAAGUCAUCUGCCAAGGGGAAGAAGAAGCAGCUUACAGCAGCAAGAAAGAAGAACAAACCAUCGAAGGGAAAGAAGGGAAUCACCACAGCUCAAGAGCGACGAUUGAUGGAGAUGCUCAAAAAUAACAACCCAAUUGUUGCGCGAGCAGCACAUGGUGAUGUGGCCAUGCCAGGGCCAAUUGACACGAGGAGGCAAGAUGAUCAGUUGCAGGCCAUGAAAGACUUCUUGCUCAAGAUGUCGGGAAACCCUACCAAGCGUCACAGGUCAAUGGAGAUGGGGGAGUUGAAGAGAUCUAUCCGAUCGUUUGGAAGGGGCAAAAUCGUGGGGGUUUCCUGGAUGUUGGGUCAGGAAUUCUCUCCCGCGCCACCUUUCGGAGGUAUUUUGGCUGAUCAAAUGGGACUCGGGAAAACUGUCCAGGUACUGGCGACGAUUGUCUCAAACCCACCUUCGGAGGAGGAUAUCAAAGCAGGGUCUCAUGCCACGCUCAUUGUUGCUCCUUCAGCUGCCAUACUACAAUGGUUACGGGAACUUGAGAAGCAUUGUACUGAAGAAGCCAUUGGGACAUGGCAUCAUUACCGAUCCCAAUCCAUGGGUGAUAAGCUAUGGAAGAAGGCAGAUGUCCUGCUGGCCAGCUACACACAAGUUGCUAAUGCGUUCCCGUCUGAUAAGGACUUGAAAAGGAUUGCCGGCAUGAAAGUCAGCGACGAAGAGUGGGUUAAAGAGUUCGACGAAGUGCAAGGAGACUUGCUCAAGUCUUCCUUUCACCGAGUUGUUUUGGACGAAGCCCACGCUAUAAGGAAUCCCAACAGCCGGACAUCAAAGGCUUGCAUCAGCUUGGUCAGCAAACAUCGUUGGCUUCUUACCGGAACGCCCUUUCACAACUCAAUCGAUGAGUUAUAUCCGUACAUGCGUUUCCUCAAUUGCCACUGGGCAACUGAUCCACGAGAUUUCCAAGCUCAGUUCGGAGACCUUGAAAAGGAUACUACGAAACAGCGAUUGGAGGCAGUCAUUUCCAGCAUAAUGCUGAGAAGACGAGUGGAUGACACGUUCCUGGGUGCCCCGAUCCUCCAAAUACCCAAAACCCAUCCCAUAGAGGAAUGCCGGGUUGACUUAUCAGUUGAGGAGCGACUGAUCUACAGUCGUCUCGAACAGAGGUUCCUCGACAACAUCAAAACGCAAAUUGAUGCAUCAGACAAGGCAAAGAUGCGCACAUACCUUGCCUGUAUUACCCGCUUACGGCAAGCUGUUUCCCAUCCAUAUCUUCUGGAAGACACCAUGGCAAAGAACUUCAACACGGAAGACCUGACAUACCUGCAAAACUCGCUUGCUAAGCUCGGAGGGCGCACACCUCUUCACAUCCAGCUUCAGCGCUGGAUGACGAUGGAAUAUGAAGCUCGCAUAAAGGAAGGAGAUACUGCCGCCCGUUUUGGUCAAAGCCAGUUCGACAUGGAUCAACAGUUCGCUGAAAUGCAGGAGGGGAAGGCGGGCGAGGAGGUCGAUUGCCGGCUCUGCUAUGAUAUCGCUACGGAUCCGGUCAUCACCGAUCCUUGCGGUCAUUUGUUCUGUAGCGACUGCAUUGAAGGCAAACUCGAGUUGGAUCCCGGAAUUUGUCCUUCUUGCAAAAACGUUCUCAUGAGGUUAGAGAAGCUUGAGCAGCCUGUGCGCCAGGAGCAGAACAGCGGCCAGGAUGCAGUGUUGGACGUUGAGGAUCAACCCCAGCGAAGCCAGAAGCGCAAAUACAACAAGCGACCCGUGGAAAACACAAUCGGCCAAGACAUGAACGGUGUUGAACCAAGGGAUAAGGAGGGUUCCAAAUGGCUGGCAUCCUGGGACGAGACUCAGCACCAUUCGCUGGCUGGCAGCGCCAAAACCGUGGCUAUCAAGAGCAAGAUCUUGGAAUGGCAGUAUCAAGCCCCGGAAGACAAAAUCAUUGUGUUUGUGCAAUGGGUCCGCUUAGCAAGGAUCCUUGGGCGCGUGCUGGCUGAGGAGGGAAUCAACUUUCUCUAUUACUUCGGUAGCAUGACGAAAGACCAAAGAAACAAAGCUGUGGAAACAUUCCAGGAUGAUCCCAACGCCAAGGUUAUGUGGUGUUCUGCAGUUGACUCUCAGGCGUUUGGCAGAGUUCAUCGCAUCGGCCAGGAGAAAGAGACAUACUUCGUGCGUAUAUUAACGAAUAAUACAAUCGAUGAGAAUCUCAUGUCUCUUCAGAAGAAGAAGGACGGCAACAUCUCGCAAAUCAUGCAGGAAGAUGGCGUCCAUCGGGAUCCGCCAACCUUGGAGGAACUUGCCCAACUUUUUGGCAACAACAAUGAUGCUAACAACCAAGCGGAGGCGGUUGAGGACAACACCAUUGAUGAGUGA